GCGAGAAAGGAAGACUCCAGACGGUCUAGAAAUAAAAAGAAGAGUUUGUCUAGUGAAGGAAGUCAAAGAAAGAGGACAGAGGAGGAGUUUGUGGUUGGAAUGAUGAGGUCACCCAAACAGACGGACUGUUUAAGGACCCUCAUGAGGUUAGGGUCUGUGCAGAUAACAAGGGGAGGAACGAGAGUGUUCUGCAAAACGACAAACAGAAAAGGCCAUUUAAGUGUAGUGGUGUGACUUUCCACUUGGAAAAGGAGGAAGGAAGAAAGGAGGGGUGAACGGCGUCCCUCUGUCAGUGGACGCUGACUCGUUUCUUGACAUGAAGGUAUCUGAAGGUUGACGAGGUUUCAUGAUAAAAAGAGAGCAGCAAGCUAAUCUGUGUGUUUGUCAUUCAAGGGAGCAAUACCAGAGAGAGUGUUUCUGGACUAUGUCGUCUACAGAGUAAACCCUAACACCUAACACCUGCUGCCAGGAGUACAGACAUGUCGCUGCUGUAGAAUGUGGAGAUAAGGGAAGUUAUGAUGACUGUAACACUGAAAAAUAAAAUGUGUCAUACCUUCACUGCAGGGAAACCAUUUCACAGGGUCAACACAAAGGAUCAAGGAAGUGAAACUGACAUACGCUGAGGCUGUGAAAAUAAUGGACAAAACAGAAGAGCUGAUCCGACAUGAUCCAGCAGGGGGCGGACACGAGCCAGAACCAGAGAAGAAGGACACGAAGAAGAAGCAGAAGAAGAAGAAGAAGACGAAGAAGAAGAAGCAUGAGAAGAAGGUUAUUAGAUAAAUGAUUAGCUCUGUUUAUGUUUUACAGUCCGAUCUGAUCUUGAACACAAGAACACGUUAAACCGGUCCUGACCGACCCGGGGCGGAGCCGGUUAAUCGGUGUCAACGAACAGAAGAAGAAGAAAAACGGGUCAAUGUCCCGGAAGUGAAAUCAUCGUGAAGUGUCUGCAGGCUAACCGGUGUUAGCAGUGCCACAGACGUUCAACAUGAGCAGCAGAGUGGAAAAACCUCGAGAGCAGGAGGAGCAGGAGGAGGACUUCUACGACUGCCAGGAGACUCUGCAGCACCUCGACCUGAAAGAGAACAAGGAGGAGGAUCGGACCCAACAAAAAAAAGAAGGAGGAGCGUCAAAAAACUUUACAAGUGACAGACUGACAGACAGAAGGGAAGGAGGAGGACAGGCGCAGGGAGACAGGCUGCAGGAGGAGGAGCAGGGAGACAGGCUGCAGGACGACAGGCUGCAGCAGGAGGAGGAGCAGGGAGACAGGCUGCAGCAGGAGGAGGAGCAGGGAGACAGGCUGCAGCAGGAGGAGGAGGAGCAGGGAGACAGGCUGCAGGACGACAGGCUGCAGGAGGAGUCUGAUUCCGAGUUUAAGGAGGAACCCAGCUGUGAGGUGGAGUUUGAUGACGACUACCUGAGGGAGUUGGAGAAGGAGCUGACAGAGGAGGAGAAGGAGGGUCGACGGCAGCAGAGUUUAACCCUGAAGGAAAGAGGAAACAUUCAGUUUAAAUCUGGAGACUGGGAGGAGGCUGAGCGGAGCUAUAAGGAGGCGCUGGUUUUAUGUCCCGUCUGUUUCAGCAGAGAGAGAGCUGUGCUGUUCUCCAACAGAGCUGCAGCCAGACUGCACCUGGACCAGAAAGAUCAGGCGAUCUCAGACUGUAGCAAAGCAAUAGAACUGAAUCCAGACUACAUGAGGGCGUUGCUGAGGAGGGCAGAGCUUUACGAGCAGACGGAGAAGCUGGACGAGGCCCUGGAGGACUACAAGAAGGUUCUGGACCUGGACCCAACCCACACUACCGCCAGACAGGCCUGCAUGAGGUUACCUGGGCAGAUUCAGGAGAGGAACGAGAAGUUGAAGGAGGAGAUGAUAAGUAAAUUGAAGGAUCUGGGAAAUCUGGUCCUGAGACCGUUUGGACUUUCAACCAACAACUUCCAGGUGAACCAGGACGCCUCCACGGGGUCCUACUCCAUCAACUUUGUCCAGAGCUCCGGCGGCAACAACAACAACACAUGAUGUCACACAGAGCUGUCAGGUGUGGGUGUGUACCUGUGUGUUUAAAUAAAAGCUGAUUAUUUGUUUA